AGCAACGCAAAAUCAGCCUUGAAUCGAGAACCGGUGUUUUGUGGUAAAAAGAAUCGGACACCGAGCACUGUUUUAAUGUUUUGCAAACCACACAAUCGGACAGCAUAUUACAAGUAAAUCGCAUUACAAAUUACCACAUCGACGGACAACCGCGAAGAGAAAAAAACGGGCGCGAUAAUUUCAGUUCGGAACUCGGUGCAGCACAGGAGCGUCUUGCUAAAUCGGACGAAAACCAAGAAAAUGACAUAAAAGUUGGACGCGUCAAGUGUAUAUUAUCAAGUUGAAGAAACAACAAAAAUAAGAAAACCAUGGAACAAAAAGGACUAUUGGUACUUUUGAUAAUUGUUACUGGAGUGGUGGUGCAAGGACAGCUAACGUUUAGGGCUCCACGAAUCAGUCAGUUCUUCGACAGAGUUUCCAACGCAACUUACGAUAUAAUUCGUGGUGGUGUGAACCUGUUUUCUCGCACUACCGACAGGAUAAUCAACACAUUCGCUUCCGUCGAGGACCGUUUGGAAGCCCUGCUUAACGAAUUCCGUAAACGGAUCCUGCAGGGAAUCCCCGAGUUCAACAUACCUGUUCUCGAUCCACUUCACAUCAACCGGAUAGACUUCGAUGUUGUUCACGAUGCAGCCAAGAUUAAAGGCUACGCUUCGAACGUGACAAUAAGACACAUCUCCAAAUUUAAGGUGGAUAAAUUAAAAUUCACUGAUUUGGGACGUAGAGGAUUGAAAUUGGAUUUGAACAUAACCUUCCCGUACCUCACCGUUGUAGGUCUAUAUAAGAUAGAUGGAGAAGUCAGUGAAACGUUUCGUAUUUUCGGUGAAGGACCCUUUUGGCUAAAUUUAACAGAUUUGUCCAUCGGAACGUCUACAGUUCUGAAAUAUACUUUCCCAAGACUGAAAGUUACUGACAUGAACAUUGAUGUUAAGCUUCGGAAAUUGAGUAACAAUUUUGAAAAUUUAAUGUCCGACGAAGAACUGGGGGAACUAUUCAACAAAGCCAUUGCCAGUUUAGCUCCCGAGGCACUAACUAUGUUGUGGCCGGAACUAAAGGCGCCAGUUGAGAAACAAGUCAUGAAAUAUAUCAAUAACAUUCUCGAGAACACGACCAUUGCAGGCCUUGCCAGGAGAUUUUUCAACAUCCCGUAAUGGAAAGUUAUCUAUGAAACCAUUUCUGUGAUCGAAUCUAGUAUGUUUAUUAAUUACUUUCAAAAUUUUAGUGCAUUAAAUAUACUUUUUAUUUAACAUA